AUGUCAGCCCACGGUGAUUUCUUCACGGGAGGCGAGGCCGACCCGAGCGUCUCAACCUCGACCGGCUUGGAGUCGCCCCAAGGAAUCUCUGGAACCGAUGCGACUCCCGGUCUACCUGCCGAGCUGGACUGGUCCGAAUACCUCUUGUUCGGGGCCGAUACAGGUAGCCAACAUGUCGUCUCUCCGCGGUUCGCUUGGGCGAUGCCCGACUUUGAUGCCCAGGUCACGAGUCUCACGUUCUCGCCUCCGACUGCGCAUCGUAGCCGUGCCCCCCCUUGCUCCUCUAUCUCUGCUCAAUAUCAAUGGCCUGAGUUGGAGCCGGCGACGUAUCAAGAAGCCAUGGACGAGUUUUUUGCCAAGAAUGGAGCUUGGCGGCCCGCAGAGCCGUGCAAUCAUUGCAAGCGUCUGCGUUUACAAUGUUUCAUACUGAACACUACAGAAGCCAAUCCCAAUCCCGUCGAUUCUUGUUCUAGUUGCGUUGCACUUUUCAGAAUUUGCAGUCUAGCGGAGAGGGCGAAGCGCGGGCACUCGCAGUUUGAGACUUCACGUCCAGUCAUUGGGCACUUGCACGGAGUCAACGAGGAGGAGAAACGAGACAACGAGGAGCAGGAGAAGAAGCAGCAACCGACUUGGCGUCAGACUCCCCGGCCCGUUACCGGCUCGUCGUCUGCCAUGGCCAUGGCACCUCUACCCUCGGUCACCAGCAAGAGGUCUAGCUCUCGUUCAGUCCGCAAGACACAGGUCCUGAGGGACUGGUUUGCCCUCAACAUUCAAGACCCGUAUCCGACGGAUGACGAAAAGACGGUGCUGGCCGAGAGGUCAGGUCUGAGCAGGACCCAAGUCGUCAACUGGUUCACCAACGCCAGAAGACGCCAUCGGUCGUCUACGCGGCCAGUAGCCAACAAGAGGACUCUUGGCGCCGCGUCGCCCAUGCCACGCUCUCCAAUGUCAACCAUGACUCCGUUCGAGAGGUGGAGGCACUCACCGCCAGAUGGUGAAGCAGUUUCGGAAGCGGCUAUUCAGGAGGCCAUCGGCUCCAACUUGGGCGUUGGCCGUGGAGCUGGAGUACCAGGCGAUGCCGAUGAGCUGGGGACCUCGGCGAGCACCGAUUCAAACUUGGGUCUGCACACAGCGUUGCGUGGCGCGUCGGAUGGUUCUUUCUCCAACAGCUCGCGCGCAUCUGCUCAUACUACUAGUGACGCCGUCGUCCUGUCCGAACGGAGCUCGGAAGACGGCGCGCACCCUGCGUGGGUGAAGUCGGCGCCGGCGAGGUGGAAACGGUCAAAGGUCCGUUGUACCUUUGUAUGCAGCUACUGCUCGCGCAGUUUCAACAAGAAAUAUGACGGGCUUCGACAUGAGCGGACGGUUCACGGCCCCGGCGGCACCUCGUGGGUGUGUGCCAUUCCAUUACCGCCCGAGCAGCCUUGGGUCGUGUGGAGACUCGGCCAGACACAGGCAGAGUGCGUCCUCUGCGGACAAGCAGCGCCGACGGAGGAGCAUUUCCAGUCGCACGAAUUUGAAUCGUGUGCGCAGCGUGCGGUCCAGGAUCGGAGCUUCAACAGGAAGGACCACAUGUGGCAGCACCUUUACAAGUUUCACGGGUGUCGGAAGUGGCAAGGUUGGAACCCGGACAUGGAUCUGCUGCGGGACAGAGCCGAGGAGAAGAGGCCUAGUUGA